AUGGGCCGCCGCCGCGCCAAGGCGCAAAAGGUCGUCAAGAAGAAGAAGCCCGUGAUGCUGACGGAGUUCAAGUGCCCCUUCUGCAACCACGAGGGCGCCGUCGAGUGCAAGAUCGACUACGAGAAGGAGAGCGGGUCCCUCGAGUGCCGCGUCUGCGGCGCGUCGUACUCGGCGACGGUCAACUACCUCUCCGAGCCCAUCGACAUCUUCUCCGAGUGGAUCGACCACUGCGAG